AAUUUUAAAAUGUUCCAAAUGGUUCCUUUCUUUAUUCUUACUUAGAAGUUCUGUGCCUUCAUGAAAAACUGCUUUCUGUGUGUGUCAGCAUAGAGCCCUGGAUUCGAUCCUUGUACAUGCCAGGCAACAUUGCCACUGAGCUGCACCCACAGUUUGAAUUGCGUUCUGUGACUUUCUGCAAUUCUGUGUACCUGCCAUGGGUUUUUUUGUUUGUUUGUUUUUGUUUAUUUUUUUGUACAACUGCAAAUCAGAAUUGCCAGGCCAGUUGUGGAUGAGACAGCAAGGGUUCAGGUCUUUCUCCAAGCUAAGGAAGAACAGGAAAAUUACUUGUCUCUGAGCUUCUUUCUUCAUGUGCAAAAUGUAGGUAAGGAUGACAACCCCUUGGGGUUGUCCUGAGGGAUGAAACAGUGUAGGUAGAUUACCUGACAUAUGUGUACAAGGAAAGCUAACAUUGCAUACUGACAUCACUAAUAAGUUUCAUUUUAAAAUCCCCUGCUCAUUUCAAUUUUCAGAGUUCUUAACCUGUAGCUUUAUUCCUGCCUUUUAAAUUGGAGAUGUAGACAUUGCACUUUGGGUCUCGAAUGAUCUCUCAUUUCAAAAAUAGUGAUUGCUCAAGGACCUAUGUUUACAGAGUGAGCUUUCCAGUGGGUGCCGGUGGAGCACACACCCUUUGUGGCCUGGCGAGAGAGGCCUGUUCACGAGUAUUUUCCUCUGGGAUGGAGUGGGCGGUCCAGGUUCAGCCUUACUCUGUAGGCACUGCGCCAUUCGGUGCGAGUGUGGUCUAAGGGAACCGGCCGUUCCCCCCUCCCCUCCUGGGGUGGGAGCUACGUGCCACCACCAUCUGUCCGAGGUCCCCAGCUAGGCCUGAAGUUCUCCCCGGAGACAGUGGGCAACAGGUCGGCGGCCAGGGGGCGGGGCUCCGCCCGUGCCCUCCUGUCUCGUAGCCAAUCAGCUGCCCGAAGGUGGGCUGCCGCUUGGGCAGAGCGGUGACGUCAUCGUAGCUGGGAGGUUUCCGAGGGCUUGGCCAAUGAGGCGCGGGUGCAGCGGCAUUCCCUGUACUGUGCUUGCCCAAUGCCCGCAGAGCCCAAGGGGGCCCGGCUGUCGGCAUGCAGCCAAUGGGAGGCAGCAGGAGCACGAGGCGGAGUUGCGAGUCCUACGGCCAAUAGGGUGUAGAGGGCGGAGUCCGGGCCUUGUCAAGCCCGGCCAACCAGCGGGAGGAGCGGGCUUCUGGGGCGGGCCCGCGGGCACUUACCCAAUUGCGGCGGUCUGGAGGCGGGCUGUGCUGCGGGCGACCCAAUGAGGGGCACCGCCGCCGCGGGCCUGUCAAGGGACGGGACCGGGGGCGGGCGGCGGCGAGUCGGGAUAAACACUCAGCGGCCGCUGCUGGGAUCCGGGAUCCGUGCUGUCCCAGCGCUGCCCCUCCUGGCUGGCCAGCGCGGCGGCUUUUCGGCGUUCCCGGCCGGCGGUCCGCGGGCACGGAGAGGCGGUCCGCCGGGUGCAGGAUGGCGACAGCCGUCGGGAUGAACAUCCAGCUGCUGCUGGAGGCGGCCGACUACCUGGAGCGGAGGGAGAGAGAAGCUGAACAUGGGUAUGCCUCCAUGUUGCCGUACAGUAGCAAGGACAGAGAUGCCUUCAAACGGAGGAACAAGACCAAGAAGAACAGCACCAAUAGCAGGUCCACCCACAAUGAGAUGGAGAAGAACAGGCGUGCUCAUCUCCGCUUGUGCCUAGAGAAGCUGAAGGGCCUGGUGCCGCUCGGCCCUGAGGCAAGCCGACACACCACACUGAGUUUGCUGACGAAAGCCAAAUUGCACAUAAAGAAACUUGAAGAUUGUGACAGGAAAGCCGUCCACCAAAUAGACCAGCUUCAGCGAGAGCAGCGGCGUCUGAAGCGGCGGCUGGAGAAACUGGGUGUCGAGAGGGCUCGGAUGGACAGCGUGGGCUCUGUCGUCUCCUCAGAGCGCUCUGACUCAGACCGAGAAGAGCUGGACGUGGAUGUGGACGUGGACGUGGACGUGGACGUGGACGUGGACGUGGAUGUGGAGAGCACAGACUACCUCACUAGGGACCUGGGCUGGAGCAGCAGCGUGAGUGACUCGGACGAGCGAGGCAGCAUGCAGAGCCUGGGCAGUGACGAGGGCUAUUCCAGCUCCAGCGUCAAGAGAGCCAAGCUCCAGGAUGGGCACAAGGCGGGUCUUGGGCUAUAGGAGAGGGCCUGCAGGUCAUCUCCACCACACCUGAUUAGGUAGUACCAAACCUGCCCAGAUGCCCUUGCACGCAAACCUCAUGCACCACCUUGACCAAAAUCAGCUGUCCGUUUUGCAGAAAGCACGUAGGGUUGCGGUUCUGAGUGCGUUCAGUCGGUAGCUUCUCUGUCCAUCCACGUCAGUGCUGAGAGACUGUACAUUCCAGUCCAUUUGAAGAGCCCAAGAAUCCUGAGCCCUAAGCAAGUUUCACCUCUGAGCAGCCCCUGUGCACUGUCCUGCAGCCGGCCAGGCCCUUCUUAGUUUUCUGGCUCAUGAUGGUACUCGCCCAGGAGAGAAGUUCAAGCUUUGUCUGGCACAUAGGAAACCGAAGCAGACAAACUUCUCAAAGGGAACUCAGUCUCAGAAAUCCCAAAGGAAGCUUUGAAAGCAAAACUGAAGAGCACUGAGAAGCCAGGAAUACCUCCAGAUAGCCCUGCUGCGGCCCAGCCGCCGUGCCUCAGUGUCCCCGCUUAAGAGCGGGCACUCGGCAGCUCAGGAGAACAGUGUGCCCCCUGCGUGCUGUUCUGGGGGCCUGGCUGUGUGCUGUGUCUCAAGGUACCCCCACGCCCCAAGUUUGUUGAUGCUACUUGUCUCUGGAACAUUGUCCUACCUCAGAGAUAGAUGAGAUCUCCAUUGUCCACACAACAAAAGUGAUGAUGCUUCUUUACCCCUGGCCCACUCCAACCUGUUUCCUGUUGGACUCCCAGCAAUAACUGAGUUUGGCACUGGCUGAGCCAGGAGCCACUGUCUCUGAGAGAAAGAAGCCACGUUUCUUUUCUGUGGCAAGUAACCAGGAGGGUCCCCAUGUCACCAACACCUCCCACUGAGUUAUUUUUGAGCACAUCUGGAAGCUUCCUUCUGGAGACUUCUGGGUGAUGGCUUAAAAGGAUGGUUUUUUCCCCCUUGUGGCAUUUUUAUUUAAGCUAAACCAGAGCACAUGUGUAUGUACAUAAGACACACAAAACCUAUAAAUACUAUUUAUUCAUUUUAUAUAAACUAAUGUAAUGGAAUAUAAAUUCUUAUGACUGCUUUUAUAGAUGUUCUAGAAACUUUGUAUGUAACUGUCUACAAAUUAGUUCAUUCCCCUGAAUAUUUUUGCAUUUGUAUUUUGAGGUCUAGAUGUUUUCAGCCUUUGGUGAAUCUUUUUCAUUGAGUCUGAACCAUUUGUAAAAUCUGUGCCCUGCUCGGAGCCAAGUCUGUGUCACGGAGUAAUGGAACAUUCCUGAGACCCACAGGUGCCACCUAAAGGCUCCAUGGCUCACUUGGCAGCAGCCAGCCGCACAGUCACACACCUCUCCUCAGAGCCAGACAGACCCUGGCAGAGAGAGCAGUCCUGACCACACAAGGUCACUCUGUGGUCUGUGGAAGGUGUGGGUUCCUCAAUGAUCCUGAAGCCCUGUUUUUGUGCCCCCACCCCCCUUUGGAGUGUUUCCCAAAUACCAGCUGAAAAUUAGCACAGAAACACAGCUUGGAUCAUUUGCAUUUAUAAAGUCCCUUCCAGAGUCUAAGUGAGUGAUGGUGUUCAAGGAGCCGGCCAGGUCUGCCCUUUGUCUAGAAGACACAGCUGUGCCUUGAGGUCCUCUUCAGUCCCCAUGUGCUAGACCGACCCUGAGGGCAUUGUGUCUGCUCACUGCAUCCAAGCGUUAGAAAGCCAAGACUGAGGGAGAAGCUUGCGGGCUGCACAGGGCGGGGAGGGGACAAAACCUGUGCACACGCUCAUUUCACUCAGAAGAUCUGAGAAAUGCCAUUAUUUUCUGGUUUCGUUAUUUUGCCUUUGAGUUAAACUGCUUUUCCCCCUUUUUUCUCUUCUUUUUUUUCUGGUUGAAAUAUGAAGUGUACUGUAACGUAAAGCAGUAUCAGUUGACCUUUGCCCUGUUCACUGGUCCUUGCAUCUAUGUGUGGUAGAUCUCUGGUUUUGAAGCACUUGUGACAGGCUAACUGCCCAGGUCAGGCUUUGGAGGUAGACUGAGUGUGGUAGGCAGGCUUUUCUCUGACCAAAACUGUAGAUUUGGGGGCACGGCAGGCUUAGAGCCCAGGGCAGCUAAUUCCCACCCCUCCGCUCAUCACCAGCACGACUGCCGAGAGCUAACUUGAGAGUGGCUUUUGUUUUCUUAAGCAAAAUGAGGGGGCAAAGGUGUGAACCCCAGCCGCUAAGACUUUGACAAUAUACAUAAACAGAAAUGUGUCAGUGAGGGCACGUGCAUAUUUUUAUGUGCAAGUUCCUUUUGAAACUAAGACCUAAGCCUCACUCACUGUCAUGAUGCAGGUGGGAAAUCAGGGGCUCGCCCGUCGACUUCAUUCCUCAAGGAAACUUUUGCCCCGUCCUGGAAAACACAGGACUGGCUUUGGGUGCACGCCCAGCACCCAGCACGUUUGAUUUGGGUUUUCUUUCACUGACCAGGUAUCUUGAAUUCAGUAGCAGCUGCCUGAUGCCUCUGCCCUCGGAGACCUGCCGCUUCCUUAGCAAGGUCACCAGGGUCUCAACAGGACCUAGAUUCUCCUUCUUGACCCAAGGCUGGGAUGGGUGAGUUGGGUAGGGCCCAACCCUGCAGUGGCGGCUGGAAUAGUUUUAUUGUUUGGUUUCAAAGUAGUGGUUGUUGUUUUUUUUUUUUUUAAUCUACCCCCUGCUGUGUUCAGAAGAAGCCAAGGUUUCCCUGAGUUUCCUGUGGCCUUUCUCCCCAUCUUUGAUGUAGCCAAGGGCAUUUGGGGUCUAAGAACACAGGAGAUAGCAUAUGAUACUCAAAACCUUCUAGCAAUAUCUUGGGGACUUGACGAUGAGUUUUGUGGACUUUUCCCCUCUUGCCUUCUUCCCUGUCCCUUCAAGAGAGAACUUAUUUUUUGAAGAGCGUAUAUAGACACAUUAAGGUUUUAUACCAUGCUAUAUUGGCAGGAAUACCACUUGUAUUGUACUUUGUAAUUGAUCACCGAAAUCGUGUUUUAAGGUUUCCUUCCCGGGGUGGCUACAUUGUUUUGUCUUCCUACUUUACCAUCCCUGUGUGUUUUCUAUUAUUUCUGUUUCUUUGGUAUUGCAAUCGCUGCUACUCCUGGCUUAGUGCUUUCUGGGAGAAGACAGCUCCGCACUUCUGUUGUGCGCUGGCUUCUCUCGUUCUGUGUGCUCAGAGCACUAUCGUCUGCAGCAUGUUCUGUUCGCAAAGAUCCUGGGUUGAGGUGGUGUGAAAUGUGAUUCAUCAAUACUUCUAAUACUUUUCUUUUACUGUGGUCUUCUAAAAGAAGACAUAACUGAUUGGCACCAUUGCAUUCAGAUCGUGGAUGGCCAAGGAAAUCAAGUGUGUAUGGUAUCUCAAAAUCACACGUGAGGAUUCGGAAGGCGUUCUGUCCUCAGAUGUAUCUGAAUUUCUUACUCUGAGUUCUUACUCUGCCUGGGAGGGCAGUGGGUUAGGUGGGCAUUCUUCACUUUAGCUUUGACCUACAAGCAGGCUUGCCCAGACCACUGUCCCUAGAAUUGGUGCUCCUGGUGUGUUGCUGAGUGGCUAGUUUGGGGAAACCAUCUUUCUAAAGGUGAACAGCCUCCACAGGAGAGCCGCAGAUGAAGGAUGGGAAAUGUGUUUCCAGAUGUUUCUUUAUGUAAAUAUGGUGCCAAUGUAAACCUGUGUUGAGACUGUGGAGAAUGGUGCUUUUUUGGGGGGUGGGGGGCUGCAGUUAGCACUUGUGUUUUUUAGAAACCAUCAUGAUUUAGAGACUCCUUGCUGUGUGUAAACUUAAUGUGUCCAUCCAUUAACAAAUAAAUUAUUUCAUUAUUAAAGAAA